AAGAAUUCAAACACGAAAAGUUGCAACUUUUAAUAGCAACUUUAGGGAAAAAAUACUUUCGUAAAAUUCCUAAAAUAGAGAAGAAAAAAAAAUUGAGGGGAGUAAAAUUGGGGCAUAAUUACACAUAGUACUGUGUGGUACACACACACACACAAACGGGGUUCGAAAUCUCGUUUCUCGGGCCACCCGUUCACGGAUAUCAAGGAUUUUCUGCCCCCCUUUCUUUUUUUUUUUAAUUUAUUUUUUCCAUUUUGGUUUCUCCUUGUUUGUACUGUUGAAUCCCAUAGCUUUUCAUUAACUAUCAUAAUUCCUCUCUCUCUCGCUUUCCCCCAAUUUCAUUUUUCAAUCAUUUUUUUUAAUGGUCAGUGUUCUUCUUUGCUAUCUUCCCAGAGAGCCGAACCACUCGAUCUCUCUGCUUCAAUUCGAUCCCAUUAAACUCAAUCUAAUCCAUGUUGAAUUUAUGAUGAUUUGUUUGUGGUUGAGUGGGUGAAAGUUCGUUACCUUGGUUAAUGGGGUUUCGUUUGCAUUUGCGUUGUGGUUUCUAGGCAAUGGUGGUUUUAAAUUGGAAGACAACAAGCACAUUGCCCAGGGUUUAAAAACCAAGAAAUUAAAGAAAAGAAAAUUCGAAAAGUUGUAUUCUUGCAAAGGGGUUUCUCUGUAUGGCUUGAACUCUGCAAAAUGAUGGAAAGCUUCGUCGAAGACGAAGAAUCUCGAUUUUUUGAUGCCAUGGAGCACAUAGCACAAGAAGAAGCUGAUCUGGCGUCCGAUUGCCCUUCUACUGAAAAUUGGGAAUACGAUGUGUGGAUUAGCAUUCAUCAAAGCGUUAGAGAGCGCCGAAGGAAAUUCAUUAAGUGGAUGGAAUCGUCAAAUCCCGAUGGGCAAGAAGGAGAAAGAAAUUCCGUAGAUUUUGGUAGAAUUAUGGAGAACAAUGAAGCUGUGCUGAGAUCCUCGAGUAUCGAAGAUGACUUGUCUUCUAGCCACUCUUCUUUGUCUAGUUGGAAUACCGAGGAUUUGGAUUCGUCCAAACGAGUUAGUUUCAACGAGGGUCCAAACGAGAGGCUAAGAAAAAUUCGAAUCAAUGGAUGUGACCAAGUGCAGUCAUCAGCUGAAUUCGGGGAUGUUUCUCAAUUUCCUCCUGCAGUUCGGCGGUUUGCAGAGAGAGAAACCGAGGCUAAUUGUUACACACCUCGAACGAUGGAUAAACUGAAGGCGAAGUGCCUGAAUAAAUGGCGCUCCAUCACUUGUAUGACUAGCAGGAAUGUGAAAGACGAUAAUGUGGGAUUCAACAGUUUCAGCCGUGCUCAUGGGACAAAGAUCCACAGAGUAAUGGUUCGCCAUUGUCGAAGAAAGUUAAAGGAACUUUCUGCCCUUUUUACUGGACAAGAUAUCCAAGCACACGAGGGUUCAAUCUUGACAAUGAAAUUUAGUCACGACGGACAAUAUCUUGCAAGUGCUGGUGAAGAUAAGAUUGUCAAAAUCUGGCAAGUUGUGGAAGAUGAAAGAUCCGACAGAAUGGACAUUCCAGAUGCAGAUCCUUCGUGUGUUUACUUCUCGGUCAACCAUCUAUCGGAAUUAGGACCGCUCAUGGUGGAGAAGGAUAAAAUUGUUAAUAAAUCAAAGGGUCUGAAGAAAACACAAGAUUCGGCCUGUAUUAUCUUUCCUCCAAGGGUUUUCAGAAUUCUAGAGAAGCCGUUGAACGUUUUCGAAGGGCACAGUGAGGAGAUCUUGGACCUUUCGUGGUCGAAGAAUAAUUGUUUGCUUUCGUCGUCAGUUGAUAAAACUGUUCGUUUGUGGAAGGUCGGAGUUGAUCAUUGCCUGAAGGUCUUCUCACAUACUGAUUAUGUGACCUGCAUUCAGUUUAACCCUGUGAACGAUGAUUACUUCAUCAGUGGUUCAAUAGAUGGGAAGAUUCGGAUUUGGACAAUAAGUGGUUGUCAAGUUAUUGACUGGACAGAAACGAGGGACAUAAUCACUGCCGUUUCUUAUCGACCUGAUGGACAGAGUGGGAUUAUUGGCUCCAUUGCAGGCACCUGUCGGUUUUUUAACAUAUCAGAUAAUCACUUCCAGUUGGAAACUGAGAUGUGCUUGACCAGUAAAAAGAAGUCGCCCUGCAAAAGGAUAACCGGCUUCCAGUUUUUACCACAAGACCCAAGCAAAGUUUUGGUUACUUGUGCUGAUUCACAAGUCAGAGUCAUAGAUGGGGUGAAUGUUAUUGGCAAGUACAAAGGCCUUCGAAAUGCAGGCAACCAAAUUUCUGCAUCAUUUACAUCAGACGGAAAGCACAUAGUCUCCACAUCCGAGGACUCAAAUGUAUACAUGUGGAACUAUAUCGACCAAAGAGAGUCAACUUUCUCACAGCCAAAAGUCAACAGAUCAUUCGAGUGUUUCUCCUCCGACGCCUCUGUUGCAGUACCAUGGUCCGGUUUGAAAUCCAGCGCUCUCCACAAAAGCUCGAUCAACCCACUGCCGUUCUCAUCCUCCACUUGUUUCUCACUAAGCCAAGAGUUUCUCUUAGACUCCAACUCCAAGGGUUCCGCCACUUGGCCGGAGGAAAAGCUCUCAACAUCUCCGAUCAUGGGCAAAUCUCAGUUCAAGCUUUUCAAGACUUCUUGCCAGAGCUCAUCGAAUUCUCACGCAUGGGGCCUCGUGAUCGUGACAGCUGGCUGGGAUGGACGGAUCAGAUCGUUUCACAAUUAUGGGUUACCGGUGCCACUUUAAAGACAAUGGUGAAAGAAAAAAAAACCCGGAUAAUGACCGCUAUGGGACCUUUUUUUCGAUAAGCUGGCAAAAGUAAAAAAUAAAAGCUAGUUUUGGCAGGUAUUGAAGAUGGUGCUGGCACAGGACCCCCCCACCCCAAACCAUUAAUUUGCCUACACAAUUGGGAGAGAUCACUUAGCAUUGACUCGAGUUUGGAAGGCUGAAAUACAGCUGGCGGGAGUAAAUGAUUAAAGAAUUAGCCGAGGUUUUAUCCUUACACGCAAAAAUCUUUGAUUAAGUUAUGAUUCUUUUGAGAAGUUUAUAUCCAGAUGCUGGCAUGGGGAAAAUAUAAAGAAAUGUUUGAGAGGGGUCUUCAAUUACAGAUUGAUGGAUUUCGUCGUGGGACCCCCCUUGUAUGAUUUCUUCUAGUCUCUUCCAUUUAUUGAUCGAUGUGGGACUUGUUAGAGGGGAAAGGCUGGUGGUCUGAAAUUGUUUGAAGGAAAGUGGUGGGGAGAAAUGUGACUUCUUUAUUGUCUGAAUGAUUGAGUUAUUUUUGUCUGCCAUUUUGGUCCUGGAAGGGGGGCUGUGAGAGGGGCUGGACGAGGGGCUGGUCGUCUCGUAUUUUUAUUAUAUAACAUUGAUUACUAACUUAGGUAAACUAACAUAAAAUUUACCGUGUCUCCGUCGAAAAUCUUCGGUGAAAGUAGCAGUUGGACGAAGAUUUCAGGUCGGUGCUUUUUAUAUUGUGUCUGGUAGGUCGGUGCUUUUUAUAUUGUGUCUGGUCAUCAAGGUGAAGUUGCAACUGGAAUCAAGAAUCGAGAGUGAUGAUGAAAAUUUUGUUCUUUUAUAUGUAUGUAUGUAUGUAUGAGUGUAUGUAUAUUUUAGUUUAGCGCAGGAUUGACUAGUUUUUUCGGUGUAUAUUAUCUUGCACAAAUUCCACAAUUCGACAGAAGUAAGAGUCGGUACCAACUGCUGCUACUUGGUACCAGUACUGAACUUGUACAUCUGUGCAUUAUCUGUUCUUGUAUUAUAUAUUAUUGAUCGAUGAUUCAUUUGCUUUUGAUACAGCUGUUU